AUGGCGAAGUCCAAGUCUCAUCAGAAGGGUAAAGGGCCCGAGGAGGCCAAAGCCGCUGCGACCCCAGCUGCUGUUGCUGAGGGACAGGACCCCGUUGAGAAGUUUGAGUACCAGAAUGGGUCGAUGCGUCCAUUCUUGUUGACGACGCCUUCUAAGGAGCUGAGCACGAUCCGCUCCGCGUCCACGGUGAAGGACAAGGUACUCAGAAGCAUCGCGUCGCCAGACUCGGUUGUGUUUGACGAAGUGCAUUUCGGUGGGUUUGCCAAAAAGUACAUCAAGGGGACGUUCUUCCUUGACGUUCACCCACCUCUGGUUAAGAUGAUGUACGCAGGGAUUGCGUCGUUGGCCGGGUUCAAAGGCGAUUUUGAUUUCGAAAAGAUUGGUGACGUUUACCCUGAGUCGACCCCCUAUGUCGUCAUGCGCUCCUUCCCUGCUUUGCUCGGUGUCGGGACUGCAAUCUUGGUGUUCUUGACUUUGAAGGCCUCUGGUGUGAGACCAACCAUCGCGUUCUUGGCUGCGUUGAUGUUCAUUGUGGAGAACUCCUACGUGACAAUCUCGAGAUUCAUCCUGUUGGACUCCCCAUUGAUCUUCUUUAUCGCCGCUGCAGUGUAUGGCUACAAGAGACUUCAAAAUGAGGUUCCAUACAACUACAAGUGGUACAGGGCAUUGAUUUCCACUUCUGUCGCAUUAGGAUUGGCUGCGUCUUCCAAGUGGUCUGGUCUUUUCACCGUUGCGUGGAUCGGAUUGCUCAACGUUUUUGACUUGUGGUUUAUCCUCGGUGAUUUGACCGUUCCGGUUUGUAAGACCGUCAAACAGGCCAGUAUUAGAGGUUCCUUCCUCCUUGGUAUUCCAUUCUUGCUCUACCUUAUGUUCUUCGCUAUCCACUUCAACCUGCUGAAUAAGGAGGGUGAUGGCUCUGCCUUCAUGUCAUCCGCUUUCAGAGCAUCUUUGGAGGGUAACAAGAUCCCAAAGAACAUCCAGGAGAACGUUGGUGUUGGUUCCUUGGUUACAAUCCGCCAUAUCGCCACCCAAGGUGGCUAUCUACACUCUCAUGAUAGUUUGUACGAAACUGGUUCUAAGCAACAACAGGUUACGCUCUAUCCACAUUUGGAUAGCAACAACGUUUGGGAAGUUGAACUCUACAACGUUUCUGAAGCUCCAACCUCCUUUGAACAGAUCCACGAUGGUACUAAGAUUAGAUUGAAACAUCACAUUACGAAGAAGCGUCUCCACUCUCAUGACCACAAGCCUCCAGUCUCUGAACAUCAAGACUGGCAAAAGGAGGUGUCUGGUUAUGGUUAUGACGGAUUUGGUGGUGAUCCAAAUGAUGACUUCGUCGUUGAGAUUCAAAAGAAAUACACAGAGGAUGUCGAUGCUCAAGGUGAUUUGAAAGCGUUGAAAUCUGUUUUCAGAUUGCGUCAUGCCAUGACAGGUUGUUAUUUGUUCUCCCAUGAUGCGAAAUUACCAGAGUGGGGGUUCAAGCAACAAGAAGUCACUUGUGCUACUCAAGGUGUUGUCCCUAAAUCGCUCUGGUACAUUGAAACUAACGAGAAUAAGUUCCUUCCAGCAGAUGCUAAGAGAGUUAACUACCCUGUACUUUCUUUGUGGGAUAAAUUUGUUGAGUCUCACAAGAGAAUGUGGAACAUCAACAAGAAUUUGAACGCUCCUCAUGCUUGGGAAUCAAGUCCACAUACUUGGCCAUUCUUGACCCGUGGUAUCAACUAUUGGGGUAGUGCAACCAGUCAAGUCCACUUCAUGGGUAAUGCCCCAAUAUGCGUGUACGUUGUUGUUGAAGUUCUGAAAUGGCAUUUGGGUGUUGCAGUGGCAAGUGAUAAACACAUCUUCCAGUUCAUUGUUGGCUGGGCCGUCCAUUACUUCCCAUCGUUCUUCAUGGGUCCUUACUACUUUGGUAUUCUGGCCCUUGCUCAGUUCUUGGAUAUCUUGGUUUCGUACGUCUUCUCUAAGACUAAACCUCUCGGUUACUCCGUUUCAAUUGUGUUGUUACUUGUUGCAGCUAGAUUCUUUGUCUUCUACAGCCCAUUGAUUUAUGGAACUAAUGGAUGGACCAAGGAGACAUGUGAAGCUGCAAAACUCCUAUCAACAUGGGACUUUGACUGUAACAAGCACUGCGCACCGAGUACUACGGCUAUCGCAAACAUACACCACGAAAUUCCCACUGACUCAUCGUCUUGUACGCCUAACGAUCACAGCGUUAGGCAAUCCCAUUGA